AUGCCACAGUCAGAUCAACAGAAAAGCCGCAAGAGAUCAAGUGCGACGGCUGCAUUAACAAGCGACAGCCAGGCAGACAUAGAAGAGACUCGGACCCGGAAAAAGCGAAAUCGCUACACACCUCAUGCGUGCAAUCGAUGCAAGGCAGCCAAAGUGCGCUGCGAUGGGAGAUUGCCAUGUUCAUAUUGUUCUACUCGAGAUGCGGAAACGUGCAACUAUUCAGCCGUUGCUCUACCGACCUUCCAGACCGAAGUAGAUACAGUAAACAACGAGAGUCACAUUGAGCAGAAGAUAUCUGAGGUUCUCGCGCGUCAGAAUGAAAAACUUGACCUUCUGAUCAAGCGAACCGAAAUGUUUGAUCCUGUACAUGGCUUUUCGCUUGGUGGGCAAGCACACUGUGGUUCACGUUUACUCCCUUCCAAGAGAUCCCUGCCAUUAUUCCAGAGUGCCACAAGUGCUUUCUGUUGCAUCAACAUCAUCGGCGGUCCCAUCAAUACGCAUCAUUCCAACAGCCACGACAACGCGGCAUAUCUUUCAUCGGUUCCGUUAGUCCCGAGAUCCUCCUUCUCCAUCAUUCGAGGACGAAUCGUGGAGGGUGAGACCAGUGAUCUCGAUAGCAGAGAUGACGCUUCAGAUGCUCCCAACCCUCUGUUGCAAGCCGAUGAUCAUAUUCACUACUCAAACUUCGCUAGCUUCCAUCCGCUUGACGAACUGGAAGACAGCCAGAUGUCUCAAAUGCUGAACGAAUUCGAAGCCAUGAUUGCUUGUACGUAUCCCAUCCACGACAUAGCAGAUCUCAAACAGAAGAUGGGCAAUUAUUUGCGAUCCCGACAAUCGUCCCCAACGAAAGGCCUGGCAGACGCAGAUGUCACUAUGCUUGAGGAGAACGACAUAACGAUGCUCAAACUGGUCAUGGCUAUAUGUCUACUAGGGCAAGGUCAUGAGCACAAGGAUCUGGCAUCGAGACUGUUUCAAAGCACACAAGCGGAUGUGCAAGCAAAAGUCUGGGAUGCCAUGGUAGACUUGAAAGAUCUCGGUUUAUUGAUACUGGUUGUCUUCUACCAUCUGCACCGAGGCUCGUGGCGUCUGGGUUGGAGAUUUCUAGGCAAUAUCAGUCGAGUCGUCUACGAGCUUGGUUUGAAUCGAGAAAUCGUACUCGCUCGGCUAUUUCCUGAAUGGGAAAAUCGAAGAAGGGCCCUCAACACCGUGUGGACGGUAUACGUGCUCGAACAACAUCUCACUUAUGCUCUGGGCCACCCCAAUGUCAUGCAGGGACUACAUAUAGAAUCCAGCUUCCCGCGACCGAUCAACGCUCCUUUCUUGAGUGCUAUGAUAGAAUAUAGUCAGAUAGGGAGGGAAGCCUGCUCCGCUCUCCUGAAUGACACGGCUGUCGUGGGAGGGAACUGCAACAUCUGGCAAAGCAGCUACACGUCCUUUCAGUAUCGGAUCGAACGAUGGGCCCUGGAGACAAUGACCAAAAUUCAGGAUCCUUUGGCCUACAACACAACGGACCCGAGCCGCAGGUACAUGGCAACUCUGAUUCGACUACGAGCAAACCUCAUACGCAUCCUGGUUGCCCGAGUGUUCAUUUGCACCGAGCUCCGCAUGUCGGCGCCGUCGGAAAUUUGGUCACGGUCAGUUCAUACGGCUGCCGACACUGUCCAGGUCUUGUCUGGACUUGAUAGGUCCAGCAAAGAAUAUCGAUUCCAUCGACCUCAGCUCAACCACUUCCUUAUCUCAGCCUUAGACCUGCUCCUUUUUGUGUGCUCGUCUGCGCACUCUGAUUAUGAGAAAUCCCCAGAAAUAUCUAUAUCCUCGGACACCAGUACGACUGCUCGACAAGCAGCGAUGGUAGCCCUGAAUGUCCUACGCGACUUGGCCGAAGUCUGCGACCACUCUAAAAGUUUGUGGGAGAAGACAAAGGCGAUCGCCUCCCGGAUCAACUUGACGAGUUGGCUUUUUGAACAUGGAUCAAUCAUCAGAAAUGGUCAACAACAUCUCCAGACGGAACCUCAGUCAGCCCCCGGUGGCUUGAGAGACGAUUCACUGUUUACUUCAGAGUUAGAAGACCCAUCGCGGCAGAAUACAGUCGAUCAACCAUCUUCGGCGGUGGAUGACUUCACAUCUAUAUUGAAUGACUUGACGUCGGAAGCCGCCUUUGAUUCCCUUCAAACUUCUUUUAAUAUACCUGGUGAUUUCUGGGCUGGGUCAGGUUGA